GCAUGUUAACUUGUUUUUAAUUUUAUUUGGGAGCUCAUUGGCUAAAGAACCAAAAAACUUCCAAGCUUAGCCAGUUCAAUUUACCAGGAAUUUCCAACCGAAAACAAAAAAAUUAAAUAGAAAAUGGAUCACACUUGGGUUAGUACAAAUGUCUAUGAUGAUUUGCCUCCAUUUGCCAUUCAUGCUGGCCAGGAUUCCGAUGGGGAUCCAAUCUAUGUGGGUCGUGCCUAUCACAACGGAGACAUGUUGCCCGCCAAAGUGAUACCCAACAAAAGGCAAGCCUAUGUGGCCUGGGGUGGUGAGGAGCACAGUAAACAUGAUGUGGAAGUUCUAACAGGACAUCACUAUGUGUGGAUUCCCAGCAGCGGUGGUCAUGUGCCUCCUUAUGCUUUGCGCGUUGGUCAGACCGGCGAUGGUGAACCUUUGUAUGUUGGCCGUGGUCAUUGGGCUGGCAGUUUGACCCCUGGCAAAAUUCAUCCCUCUCACGGUUGUUUGUACAUCCCCUAUGGUGGUGGUGAACACAGACUGGAUACUUACGAAGUUUUGGUUCAACCUGAAACCUGGGUCUCCUCAUCCGGCAGCAACAUUGUGCCCGGCACCAUUCAUGGUGGUCAUGACAGCGAUGGUGAUCCAAUCUAUGUGGGCCGUGCCUACCACGAUGGUGACCUCUUGCCCGCCAAGGUUAUUCCCUCCAAGGGAUGUGCCUACGUUGCCUAUGCUGGCCACGAACAUGUGAAACAUGAUUUCGAAUUGUUGGCUGGUUACGGCUAUGGCUGGGUACCCGAUUCCAAUGGCAGCGUACCACCCGGUGCUAUUAUCUGUGGACGCACCUCGGAUGGUGAACCUUUGUACAUUGGCCGUGGCCAUUGGAGCGGCAGCUUGACUCCCGGUAAAAUCCAUCCCUCGCAUGGUUGUUUGUAUAUUCCCUUCGGAGGCCAGGAGGUGCGCAUUCAUGACUAUGAAGUUUUAGUUCGAGCUUAAAUUUUGACUUUGCCUUUUGCAUUUUGGUUCUGUUGCCAUAUAUUUUAUUUUUUUUUUUUAUACGCUUCCCUAUAGCCGUUUGUAACAGCUGGAAAUGUUCGUCUGAGACCUCACAAAGUAUAUAAAUUCUUGAUCGUCAUGUCAUUUUAAGUCGAUCUUGCCAUCUCCGUCCGUCCGUCUGUCCGUUUGUCAAAAGCAUGCUAGCUUUCGAAAGAGUAAAGCCAGGCGCUUGAAAUUUUGCCCAAUUUUUUUUAUCAGUGUAUGUAUAUAUGUAUAAUGAUUAAUUUUUGUAAUUUGAAGGAUAUACUUAAUUCUAAUUUAAUUAUAAUAAAUAAUAAUGAGACAAAACAUUAUAUGUUGUGUGCCUGAUGGGCAAUAAUUAUCUAUUUGAAUAUAAAGGAUUACAAAAACAAA